CUCGGCUCCUGUCCUAUUCUGAUGCGAAGCGGAACUGCGCGGUGGACGGAACAGCGUAACGCACCGGGUCGGAUUCUGCAGCGGAGGACGUCGUCAUAAACUGUAAUCUAAUCCAAUCUCACCGAGGAAAACCUGCUCUCAGUAGAAGCCUUCUGCUACUGGGCUUUAAAAUACUGGAUCUUUUAUUGAUUUAACAGGCAAGCUUUAUUUUGUAAACUGUGGGGCAGGUCUUCCUCUGCACUUUGUUAUCGGACAAAGGAUAACAACACCGACGGGUCGGCGGCUUCCCGUGCAUUUUUUUUUUUUUAGCAUUUUACUAGAUGGAUUUCAUCUGUUUGAGUUGCUCUUGACUUUUUUUGGGGGUAGGGGGGGUGGCAGGGUUAGAGACACACAUUCACGCCGAGCCUCCAGCAGCACCGGCUCUCCGCAUCAAAGGGGCCCGAUCGCAGCGCAGCAUUGAUCGGUGUGCGCGGAGCCGCCAGACCCGACCGAUCCGGUUAAAUUGAGUUCACUCAGGAAAAUGAUGCGGAUGCCGAAAGGCGUCUCUCCGGCUCCGGGUCGGCCAGUAGCACCAGCAGCACCAGCAGCAGCAGUGGGGCUGAUGUCUUUCCCUCAGCAGAAGAUAAAGGUCGUGUCCACCGCAGGAGGGAAGCACGAGUUCUUCAGCACCGGACUGUCCAGCCCGCCGAUGAGCACCGUGCCGCCGGGCUACUUCACCCAGAUCUGCAACACCGCCGCGGGCGAACAAAGAGCCAACAGCCUGUAUUCAACCCCCCACGGACCAGAGGCUAAACCCAUCAGAUCAUCCUGCGGCCGACUGCCGGCUAAAAGGAAGCUGGAUCUGGAGGACCCGCUCUACCUGCCAGAGUUCCGCACGCCAAAAGGCAAAUGCAGCAUCGCCGCCAGGAUACCAAGUCCAAGGACUCCGAAGUCUCCAGGGGAGAGGACGCGCUACGACACGUCCUUGGGCCUGCUGACCAAGAAGUUUGUGGGUCUGAUCGCCGAGUCUCCCGACGGAGUUCUUGACCUGAACUGGGCCACCGAGGUCCUGGAGGUCCAGAAGAGGCGCAUCUAUGACAUCACCAACGUCCUGGAGGGAGUGCAGCUCAUCCGAAAGAAGUCUAAGAACAACAUCCAGUGGCUGGUUGGAGACGUAUUUGAGGGCGGCGCGUCUGGCGGAGAGAAGGCUUGUGCCCUGAGGAAAGAACUCGGAGAACUGGAGAGAGUAGAAAGAUCUCUGGAUGAUUUAGUCCAGUCCAGCACCGCGCAGCUCAAACAGCUCACUGAAUAUGAAGAUAAUAAGAGGUUGGGAUAUGUCACCUAUCAGGACAUUCGCUCCAUCGGAACUCUCCGAGACCAGACGGUCAUCGCCGUCAAGGCCCCUGCUGACACAAAACUGGAAGUGCCGGACACAGCAGGGCAGGGGUCGUUACAAAUCUAUUUAAAAAGUAAGAAUGGCCCCAUUGAAGUGUACCUGUGUCCAGAGGAGGGUCUUGAAGAUGCCAGCCCAGGUAAAAGUGCUGCGACCCCCAUAAAGGAGUUCUCUAAACCCCUCGAUCCCCCAACUGCAACCGCCAUGGCGCCGCCGAGCUACAGCGCCAAAGAGGAGCCCGCGGAACCGGCUGCAGCCACCUCCUCGUCCUCCGCUUCGGCUCUGCUGGACGUGGAGCGCCUGCUGGGUCUGCCCCCCAGCCUGCUCCAGCUCACAGACGACCAACUGCCGUGCACCUCCUUCGCACCGGACCCCAACGCCCCCUUUGUCAGCUUCUCUCCCCCGUUGGACCACGACGACUACCUGUGGAGCCUGGAGGACAGCGAGGGAGUGUCCGAUUUCUUCGACACGUACGACCUCGGAGAACUGUUGAAGAGCUGAGGUGGAGGUGGAGGUGGAGGAGGCAGCAGGGAAUGUGGGGAGAUUCAGGGUGGCGGGAUAUUUGAUUAAAUUAAGAUAUUUGAUGUAGAGAAUAUUACACUAUAAAGCCAUAACUCUUCUUUUUUUUUUUUACCAUGCCUGUUUUAAUGUCAAUGAUUCCAAAGGAAGCGCUUUCCCCUUUGUUCAUUUUAACCAAGUAAAAAUCAUUUGCGCAUAAGAAUGACGGUACUGGAAGAUCGGCUGAGAUUGACACAUAUGUGUUUUCUCCACCCUUUUAGGACGUGCUGUUAGACACUUAUUUGGACCAUUCACUUUUUCAGAUUGGGCUACAAAGACAGCCGUUAUAUAAUCCGUUGCCUUCCCUCUUCAGGCGGUCUUCACCGUGUGUCAACUCAGGAAUCAUUUUCUCCCGUGUUUCUAAAGUCAGAGAUGUUUUGUGGCCGCUAGCUGAAGCCAUAAAGAACCACACACAGGAUGUUUUUGAUGGGGAUGUAUCUUCAACACUGACCAAGAUGUGAAGCUGUGAAUAACGCUGGUCUGUGUGUGGGUGCAUCCAAGCGCCUACAGCUUUCUGUGCAGUACGGCGACAAACCGGAUCAUGAGCUGCCGUUUCUUUGGCUCGCGUUGCUCGUAUGCGACCAGGUCGGCUCUUCGCGUUGGGCCUCGUACCUGUUUGGUGCCGCGUUGUUGUGUUGCCCAAACGUGAAAGGCAGCUUCUGACCCCCCAAAAAAGUGGACCCGGAUCCAGAGUUAAUAACUUGUGAAAAAGUGCUCUUGCUCUUGACUGAGCAAGAGAAUCACAGUCACUCUUGUUGGUUUGGCAGCUUUAUUUUAAAUCCAAGUGCUCCUCUAUUUAUGAGACUGAUUUUGAUAAGAUUCCGUGGUGUGAAACUACUAUUGUAUUUCUGAGGAAAUAACCAAAUCAAAUGAUACGCAGCAUCUGUGUUGCUGUUGUGGCGGGAGGUGCUUCAAUUGGUUUAAUUAAGGUUUACUUAGAUUAGAGGUUUGCGUUUACUGUUCCAAAAUGAAUGAUGUCUAAUGAUCCAGCAGCAACAAGAAGGUAUUUGUAUCUUCAGCCCGUGAACGCUUACUGACUUAAAAUGUCAAGGACAUGGAACCGAGGAAACAGUAGCUGCAACUUCUAUCUGUUAAAAGUUUUUUUUGUUGUUGUUGUUCAAAGAGUUUUAGAUAUUUGGAAAUGUAACUUUCAUGCUGAUGUAUUUUUGGCUUUCCCUCUACACUGCAGAGAUAAGCUAACUGUCCUGUCCUAAGAAAACUUGAAAAUGUGUGCUUGUGUGGAUCUGGCAGCUUGGGAAAUGGGUGUCAUGGUGUGUUUGUGUGUGUGUGAGUUUUUACAAUGUAGAGAAUUAGAGAAGGUUAAUUGAGAAUUUGUAGGGUUUUUAUUCAAUGAACGUUGAUUUUUUUUGUUGGUAUUUGUACAUAAUUUGUUUUGUAUUUAUACCUGUUUUUCUGAGUUCGUUUGUAAGGUUGAUACUGUUUUUUUUUACAGAAGCCUAAACUUUUCUUGAAUGACAUGUGGCACUUAAUAUUUUGUAAUAUUGUGUGGUCUGUUUGAAAUAAUUAAAUAAAUAUUGAAGCCAUGUUUUACACUUGGA